AGGACCUUUUUAUUCCUAUACUCAAUUCCUCUUGUUAUAAGAGCCAGCAUGCCAUUAGCUUUCUUCAUUGCCUGCUGUACCUGCAUGCUUGCUUUCAUUGACUGAUGUACAAGAACACUUAGAUCUCGUUGUACUUCCCCUUUUCCUAAUUUGACUCCAUUUAGAUAGUAAUCUGCCUUCCUGUUCUUGCCACCAAAGUGGAUAACCACGCAUUUAAACUGCUUCUGCCAUACAUUUGCCCACUCACCCAACCUGUCCAAGUCACCCUGCAUUCUCAUAACAUCCUCCUGACAUUUCACAUUGCCACCCAGCUUUGUGUCAUCAGCAAAUUUGCUAAUGUUACUUUUAAUCCCUUCAUCUAAAUCAUUAAUGUAUAUUGUAAACAGUUGUGGUCCCAGCACCGAACCUUGUGGUACCCCACUGGUCACAGCCUGCUAUUCCGAAAGGGACCCGUUAAUCGCUACUCUGUUUCCUGUCAGCCAGCCAAUUUUCAAUCCAUGUCAGUACUCUGCCCCCAAUACCAUAUGCCCUAAUUUUGCCCACUAAUCUCCUAUGUGGGACUUUAUCAAAAGCUUUCUGGAAGUCCAGGUACACUACAUACACUGGCUCCACUGAAAGAGCAAAGACAACUUCUGCGAUGGGACCUGGCUUGCUCGUAUAACAAUUCCUCUGGAGUUGUCCAUUUCAAUGGUGGCAGAUGAAUGAUAAAAGAAUAUAGAGACAUAGAAAACCUACAGCACAAUACAGGGCCUUCGCCCACAAAGUUGUGCCGAAUGUGUCCCUACUUUAGAAAUUACUAGGGUUACCAUAGCCCUCUAUUUUAUUGAGCUCCAUGUACCUAUCCAAAAGUAUCUUAAAAGCACCUAUCGUAUUCACCUCCACCACCAUUUCCGGCAGCCCAUUCCACGCACUCACCACUCUCUGAGUAAAAAACUUAAGCCCUGACAUCUCCUCUGUACCUACUCCCCAGCACUUUAAACCUGUGUCUUCUUGUGGCAACCAUUUCAGCCCUGGGAAAAAGCCUCUGACUAUCCACACGAUCAAUGCAUCUCAUUAUCUUGUACACCUCUAUCAGGUCACCUCUCAUCUUUCAUCACUCCAAGGAGAAAAGGCCAAGUUCACUCAACCUAUUCUCAUAAGGUAUGCUCCCCAAUCCAGGAAACAUUAAAUCUUCUCUACACCCUUUCUAUGGCUUCCACAUCCUUCCUGUAGUGAGGUGACCAGAACUGAGCACAGUACUCCAAACGGGGUCUGACAAGGAUCCUAUAUAGCUGCAAAAUUACCUCUUGGCUGCUAAAUUCAAUUCCACGAUUGAUGAAGGCCAAUACACCAUACGCCUUCUUAACCACAGAGUCAACCUGCGGAGCUGCUUUGAGCGUCCUAUGGACUCAGACCCCAAGAUCCCUCUGAUCCUCCACACUGCCAAGAGUCUUACCAUUAAUACUAUAUCAUCCCAUCAUAUUUGACCUACCAAAAUGAACCACUUCACACUUAUCUGCAUUGAACUCCAUCUGCCACUACUCAGCCCAGUUUUGCAUCCUAUCAAUGGCCUGCUAUAACCUCUGACAGCCCACCACACUAUCCACAACACAUCCAAAUUUUGUGUCAUCAGCAAACUUACUAACCCAUCCUUCCACUUCCUCAUCCAAGUCAUUUAUAAAAAUCACAAAGAGUAAGGGUCCCAGAACAGAUCCCUGAGGCACUCCAUUGGUAACUGACCUCCAUGCAGAAUAUGACCCAUCUACAACCACCUUUUGCCUUCCGUGGGCAUGCCAGUUCUUUAUCCACAAAGCAAUGUCCACUUGGAUCCCAUCCCUCCUUACUUCCUCACUAAGCCUUGCAUGGGGUACCUUAUCAAAUGCCUUGCUGAAAUCCAUAUACACUACAUCUACUGCUUUUCCUUCAUCAAUGUGUCUAGGCCGGGGGUCGGCAACCUGCGGCUCCCGAGCCAUUUGUGGCUCUUUCACCUCUGUGCUGCGGCUCCCUGUGGCUUUGGGAAAUAAUUGGUCAGUAUUUAAUUAAAAUGUAUUUUAUGUUAGUUUGUUAGCUUUUGAAAUGUAAUUCUAAAUUUGAAGAUUAUGGUGAUCUUGUACAAUCUAAGUGUGGCGACACAUUUCCUCACAAUUAGCCAGCAUUCCGGCUAAGGGAGAUAGCCUACGGGGGUUUGUGAGUACGCGUCUUUUGCAGCAUCUGCGUCCAUGGGGGCUGGGUUGAGGGAGGCUUAAAAGCAAGGCUGUUUAGUUCGAAUAAAGUUAUUCGACUGCAGUUUACUGACUGCGUGAGCACACCGCUACAACGUGUUUUUAUCGCUAUUAAUAUACGUCACCACUGCCAAUACCUGACACCCGCCAGUAAGCGAUUUCUUUAAUUUUUCGAUCCAAGGUAAGCCAACUAUGGAGAAUUCUAAAAAAAGAAAAGUGACUGAAGAAAACAGAACGUUUAAUGAUACGUGGACAGAUUCAUUUGCUUUCACUGUUGACGAGACUGGUUUACCGGUAUGCUUAAUAUGCAAUGAGAAACUAGCAAACAACAAAAAGUCAAAUGUCGCAAGGCAUUUCCAGAAUAAACACGCAGCCUUUGCUCAAAAAUAUCCGGAUGGAGAUGAGAGAAAAAAAGCCGUUUCGGAACUGAUGCGGAAGGUUGAUCUGAGCAAAAAUCAUUUCCAGAAAUGGAUGAAGUCUGGAAAAUCAAUGACAUACGCCAGUUAUAUUGCCGCUCAGGAAAUAGUCAGGCACGGGAAGCAGUUUACAGAUGGUGAAUAUAUAAAAGAAUCUUUCAUUAAGAUUUCAGAACAUCUAUUCACGGACUUUAAAAACAAGAGUGAAAUUGUGCAGAAAAUCAGGGAUAUGCCCCUCUCUGCAAAGACUGUCAAAGACAGAACCAUAAAAAUGGCAGAAGACAUCACAAGACAGCAAAUUAAAGACAUCAAUUCAGCUGUGGCCUACUCGAUUGCCUAUGACGAGUCUAAAGACAAAGGUGAUAUUGAACAAAUAGCGUUGUUCUGCCGGUAUGUAAACUCUGCCGGGCCACAGGAAGAACUGAUUGAGUUGAUACCUCUAAAAGACCAAACACGGGGGGAGGACAUCUGUGAGGCUGUCUUGAAUUGUUUAAGAGCCAAAGGAAUAAAGACCACCCAUCUGGUGUCAGUAGCUACUGAUGGGGCGCCGAAUAUGACGGGAACGCACAAGGGAUUUGUGGCUUUACUGCAGAAGUCGCUGGACAGAAAGCUGCUGACUUUUCACUGCAUCUUGCACCAAGAGGCACUGUGCGCUCAAACAUUUCCUCCGGAAUGCACAGAAGUAAUGGAUGUUGUCAUUCAGAUUGUCAAUAAAAUAAUGGCAAAAAGUUUAAAUCACCGUCAAUUCCGUUUGUUACUGGACUAGCUGGAAAGCGCAUAUUCUGAUCUCCUGCUGCACAACAAAGUCCGGUGGCUGUCCAAAGGGGAGGUGCUGAAACGCUUUGUCGCGUGUCUGGAAGAAGUGAAAACUUUCCUGGGCAGCAAAGGGCUCACCUUUCCUGAGCUGGAACAGCCAGAGUGGCUGGAAAAGCUACACUUCAUGGUAGACAUGACAGCACACCUGAACACGCUGAACACAGCUCUUCAGGGGAAAGGACGUACAGCCCUGCACAUGUUGGAGGAUGUUUUGGCAUUCGAGCGCAAGUUGACAGUGCUUGCCAGAGAUUUACAGAAAGGCACAUUGUCUCACUUCCCCAAUUUGACAAGAGUUCAAACAAGGUCACGACAUGAUAAUUUCGGAGUAUUUACAUUCUGCAAUCAUCGCAAUGCAAACAUCGUUUGGGAAACGCUUCUGUGAGUUCAGAGAGGAAAAAAACACAUUAUCCUUCCCGGUCACUCCCUUAAGCAUCGAUCCUUCCCUACUGAAUACGACUGCAUUGGCAGGUGUGAGUCAACCUGAUCUUGAGAUGGAACUGGCCGACAUAGCCGACAAAGACAUAUGGGUGUCCAAGUUUAGACGCUUGACAGCAGACCUUGAAGAUGUUGCCCGUCAGAAGGCCGUUCUUGCUCAGAAUCACAAAUGGAGUGAUAUUGAAAACCUUCCAAAACCGGACAAACUUGUGUUCGAAACAUGGAAUGCUAUGCCCGACAUUUAUGUAAACAUGAAAAAGUAUGCGCUUGGAGUCCUGUCGAUCUUUGGAUCCACAUAUGUAUGUGAGCAGGUGUUCUCCAACAUGAACUUUAUUAAAAACAAACAUCGCGCACGCCUCACAGAUGACAGCUUGCGAUCCUGUGUAAAGAUAAAGGUGACGUCAUACAGCCCUGAUGUGCAGACGCUGUGCGCUGAGGUCCAGGAGCAGAAAUCCCAUUAACCAAGCUGACAGCUGGCUGAUGUUAUUUUUGGUUUGCUGCUGGCGGAAAAUUUAAGUUCGGCGUUUUUCAUAAAUACAAGAAGGACUCAAAUAGACAUUGAGUAUUUUACUUAAAAGUAACCUUCAACCCAACGUCUUUUUUUCGGAGUUCAAAAUGUUUUUGUUGCAUGCAGAAAUGUAAUUUCGUUUUCUCUGCAGGAGUUCAUCAAUUUCAUAAAUGCAACACAUUAUAGUUUGUUUAUACAUAGCAUAAAGGCAAAAAAAAACGUUGUAUGCAGUGUUAUUUCAUUUUAAAUGUCAAACGGGUUUUGCGGCUCCCAGUGUUUUCUUUUCUGUGGGAAACGGGUCCAAGUGGCUCUUUCAGUGGUAAAGGUUGCUGACCCCUGGUCUAGGCACAUCCUCAAAAAAUUCAAUCAGGCUCGUAAGGCACGACCUGCCUUUGACAAAGCCAUGCUGACUACUCCUAAUCAUAUUAUACCUCUCCUAAUGUUCAUAAAUCCUGCCUCUCAGGAUCUUCUCCAUUAACUUACCAACCACUGAAGUAAGACUCACUGGUCUAUAAUUUUCUGGGCUAUCCCUACUCCCUUUCUUGAAUAAAGGAACAUCCGCAACCCUCCAAUCCUUGGGACCUUCUCCUGUCUCCAUUGAUGUUGCAAAGAUCAUCGCCAGAGGCUAAAGCAAUCUCCUCCCUUGUCUCCCACAGUAGUCUGGGGUACAUCUCAUCCAGUCCUGGCAACUUAUCCAACUUGAUGCUUUCCAAAAGCUCCAGCACAUCCCCUUUCUUAUUAUCUGCAUGCUCAAGCUUUUCAGUCUGCUGCAAGUCAUCAUUACAAUCACCAAGAUCCUUUUCCACAGUGAAUACUGAAGUAAAGUAUUCAUUAAGUACCUCUGCUACUUCCUUCAGUUCCAUACACACUUUCCCACUGUCACAUUUGAUAGGUCCUAUUCUUUCACGUCUUAUUCUCUUGUUCUUCACAUACUUGUAGAAUGCCUUGGGGUUUUCCUUAAUUCUGUCCGCCAAGGCCUUCUCAUGGCCCCUUCUGGCUCUCCUAAUUUCCUUCCUAGUA